CAGCUGUCUGCGCUGCUCUCUCGGAAGUUUUAUAAAAUUUUUUAUUUAUUUUGCAAUUCAUUUAUUUUCUGUGCAAUCUUUCGGCCAAAAAUCAAAAACGGAACGCUGUAAUCUUCUCAGGACGCUUGGCGGCUCGAACCGGUUCGAUUUGAAGCACCAAACCCAACAGUACAAACGCGGUCCACUUGGCCAAAUGUGAUUCGCAUAUGAAUGCCUUAAUCAUAACAAACAUUUCCUACCGGAGUCACCGCCAUGCCAUUAGAUCACUAGAGUGUUGAGUGCUCCCAGUCAUGAGUGGACCGCAGCAGCCAGGAGAUGCGGCAGGAGCACCUCCCAGCGCCGCCGGUGAAGCGGGCAACCGGCCGGAAAGGAGCACCACCGGCGGCGGAGAAGCGGUGCACCCGGGCUCCGGUCCCAGUCCCAAUCACUGGCGACAGAACAACUCGAUGAAAUAUAAUUCGCGACCCUGGCAUCGAGCCCGUCCGGACAGUGGUCACUUUAACAACAGAGUGUGGACUAAUAAUAAUCAAAGGCAUUCGCCAUACCCGCGAUCAAAAUACGGAAAUCGGGAGCAUUCGGAUAACAAUAAUUCAAAUCAGCAACGCCAGGAGAGAGAUUAUUCCAAGAGAACUGAUUUUCAGGAAAGAAGGCCCAGAUAUUCCGAUGAGGGCUACUCGGGGAGAUACAGAGAUUAUCACUACAGGGAUCAUUACCACAGGAAUCAGCCCAGGAGGAGUGAAGAUAAUCGAUCUAAGUCGCCCUACUAUAGGGACGAAAGUGGUUCUGGUCUAGGCAGAAGUGAUUCCUCUAAGUCGCCUUAUUAUAAUGAUGAAACUGGCUCAAAUCUAACCAGAACCCCAAUUGUCAACAGAAAUAACAAACACAACUGUGAACCGAGAAGUGAAGCUUCUAAAGCUGAAUCUGAUCAAAAUCAGUAUCAAUCUGAAGAAAGAAAACGAAGUGAAAGCCAAAACAACUUAGUUGAGCCAAGUACACCUCCCUCCAAAGAGGAAUGUACAGUUGCGUCAAAAGUGGAUCAAAGCGAAGAAUCCAAUGGGCUGAAAGAAAGACACUCACCUACCGAGCGAAGCAGGGAUUCUGAAAUAGCUUUUAAGCCUUUUCAGAUAAGAAGAAAAACUCCUUUAAAGCAGAAAGAACAAGAGCAAACCCCUGAUGAACUGCCAACUGUCAGUCGAGUACUGAUUGAGAAACUGAAUCUGUCCAAGUCCAGUGAGAAUCCCUCUGUUCCAGAGGCUGUUCAUUCAAUUCCGCGGAUCUCAGUGCGUCCCCUUAUUCAGCUGGUGAGGCAGGAGCUCUUAGCAGUCACCCAGGAGGAUCGUCUGGGCAAGAAUGGUCUCCUGAGUCCACCUCCUUCUGCAACCAACGCCAGUCCCAGUCGCCUGGCCUUUAAACCCACACUCAGAAAUCGUCGACGGACAGUAAGUAACUGCAAUCACAUUGCAGGCACCGCAAGCACUAGUCAUGCCGGAGACAAUGAAGAAUCAAUCAACGAUCGUAUCGCCAGUAUGGACAAGGAGAGUCUGAAGUACAUAAUCAACAAUGGCGACACCAUCUACGAGCAACACUUACAGAUCCAGGCCAGGAGACGAUUACGCGACGAGAUUCGGAGACAGCUAAAAACCAUAGAGUUGGAUCAGCCCAAGGAUAAUUCAGCGAAUGAACUGGUCGAGGACGAAAUCGUAGAUGCUAUCAAAUUGCCCGAACUUCUGCUGCAGGAGAUCGAAAAGUGUUUUGGCAUAGAUAUUUCAGACGGUCAAAAAGAUCAAGGCUCUAAAGAGGAUAAUCAAGACCCAACAAAGGAUUGUGAAGGAUCUAAAAAGAAAACACCCAACGGCGAGGAUGGUUUAAAAGAAAUUAAAGAUCCUAAGAACGGUGUUAAAAAGACUAAGAAUACUAUCAAAGAUAGCAAAAAGUGCAUUAGGGGUAAUAAACAUCAAAAGAAACAGCAAGAUUGUUCGCUUCAAAGUACAGAUAAUAAUUAUCAAAACCAAGAGGCCGACGAACUUACAAAUAGUAGUGAGUGUGCGAAUGAUAAUUCAGAUAACUUGGUAAAAUCCAUUGGGUUCAAUAAAAAAGUUUUACAGGAAAACAAUAAAAAGAAAAGCCCUAAAAAGAAAUUAAGAGGACCUCAAAAAGGAAAAGGGAAAAACAAAAAUAAUAUUUUUCCAGUGGUUUCCCAGUAUAAACCUCAAGAAGCUGAACCAGAAACUAGUAAACCAUUUGGUUCUGUGAAUGGAUCCAAGGAUCUUAUGGCAAGGCUGAAAGCAACUGAAGAAGUCACGGCAUUGGCGGGAAUACGUAACCAUCGGCCGCCCUUGUUACCCACUCCAGCAAUUGGCAGAAUUUCAGAUACCGCUGAAAGACCAAAACAUAGUAGUGAGGUCCCUAAAGUUAGUAAAUCACCAACGAAAAAAGUUAACAAAAGUUCUGAAAAAGAAAUCACUCCUCUAGUUUCUUCUCCUAUACCAAUAAAAAUGGAAAUCAAGAGGGAAUCGAGCAACUCACCAAAUACAGUCCCGCCUUUACAUUCAAAAGAUGUUAUUGACCUCCUGAGCUCAUCUGAUGAAGAGGAAAAAGGUCAUGGCGUAGUGGAUAUGGACGUGGAUGAACCAGAGAAAGAAACCUCCACUCCGAGUGAUAAACUGUCUGUGGACGCUUUACUUGGACCUGAACCACCGACUGCAGAUAAUGCCGACAGUGAUCAUUCGGCCAGCUCCCAAUGCAGCAGUGAAUCCACGAAAAGGCGCCGUAGGCUGAAGCUUCAAAACGAUGCAGAAAAUGUGGUGGACAGUUUCGAGAAGCUGAUCCUUCCCCACCUUCGAGAGGCUCUCACGGAUCGCUAUCGUCGCCAGCAUUCUACAAGUUUGCAAAGCCGUCUGCAUUUCAUAUCCUGCGUGGUGACAAGCUCCGAGUUCAACUCCCAGACCUUCAGUAAAAUCGAGGUAGCCAAGAUGCAGAUGAAUCUCAAGUCCGCCGACAAUCGUCAAGCCAUCGAAUUUCUCCUUAGGGAGAUCGUCAACGUGGUAAAUUUGCAGAAACAGCGGCGGCGGGAGCAAGACGAUGAGCAGAAGCUGGCUAGUUUAUUAAGCCCCAAAAAUACUCCAGUUGAGGAAACGUCCAAGGCAACAUCCUCAUCACCCCCAGUUCGGGAAAGUACCCCAGCUCUAGCCAGUCAGGAAACUCCAGCCACCUCAUCCGCUCCCCAGAUUUCUUCAGGCUUACCAAGUUCCCAACCAAAGCUACCCCAGGAAGCCCAUUUAAGUCCUCCAGCUUUGGUCAACCAAACUCAAAAUGCCGAUCCAUUUCCCGUUGGGCUGCCAUUCCUGGCCAUGGAUUCCAGCUUAACCCAUUUUUCUACCGCUGGCUUUCCUCGUCUAGGUGGUGGAGCAAAUAUAGGCGACCCUUUGGGCCAGCUGGGCGAUAUAGUUGCUCAAAAUUUGGUCGAAAUCGAUCGCCGUCUGCUGGAGAACCAAAACCGUCGCAGCAUUCUAGAGGAGAUGAUAAUGAAGUUUCAGAAGGAGAAGUCGGAUCUCGAGAUGCUUAGUCUGGAGUUGCAGAGUCGAAAGUUUCUAAUGAUUAACUCGAUGAUUUCGAGAAGUCAGGCUUCUUCUGCUGCGCCAGUCGCAAAGGUUAGAAACUCACCUCCUCCAGCUGAAUCUACACAGGAAUCAACGCAGGAAGAAAGUUCCAACAAAGGAGGGAUUGCCAGGCGAACUAGAAGCAGAUUGAGAAGGGUUGGGUCGGUUAAGGUCGUGUCCAAACGUCCAGCAAGGAUACAGAAACGAGUCGUCAAAAAAGCGAAAUCGGGAGAGUUAACAGCGCAAUUGCAGCAAGAGAUUGCUGAUCAGGAGGAGUGUAAUAAAGCGAGCGAAGAACAAGCCGAGGAAACGGAAUCAGGAGUGGGCUUUCAAUCAAAUAUCAAAGAAGAGCCGGUAGAGGAUAUUAUUUGCGACCAAACAGCCACAAAACCUCGGCCGACCCAUCAACAAAUGGCUAUAAUACCACCGCUACCACCACCACCACCGCCACCUGAGCCCAUCUGCCUCAAGGAACCACCUUAUGAACCAGAUCAACACUGGUCAGAACUCAACUCCCAAGAGGAGUGCAACUUGAGCUUCGUACCGAUGGGGAAAUUGCACUAUGUUCGAAGCCCCAUCACCCAGAUAAGGAUCUACAGGGAGUACGUAAUAGCCGCAGCCGAGGAUGGGGAUAUCUACAUGUUCCACCUGGUCAGUCACAAACUGGAACGAAAGAUCACCAAGCACAGCGAGGCCAUAACGAAUAUGUGCAUCAGCGAAAAGGACUCCACUCUAUACACCACAUCGCUGGAUGGCUUUUUUAAGAAGUCGUCGCUGCAGAAUCUGGAGCGCGUCAUAGAGACGGUCUACUUGAAGGAGCCCCUGCAAUCGAUUGACAUCGCUUGGGGACUGGCCUUCAUUGGCAGCCGAUGGGGCCAUAUAUCUACCUUUAAUGUGCUGACCAACAAGGUAAUGGCUAAUCCCUUGGUUCAAACAGGCCAAUCCAUUAUUGCCAUCAAGGCCACAACGGAAGGAGUACGAAAGAUCCUUGUUCUGGGAUGUAGGGGAAACUUUGUUCAAAUGCACGAUGCUAGCAGCGGAUUGCUGCUGCGACGUGUAUGUAUUCCAGAGGGCUUAAAUGUCUACAGUCUCCUGCUCAACGAUGGACACAUCUACUGUGGUACACAGAAGAACGAGAUCUAUCAGAUGGAAUUUGACACUGGCAACUUGGUAACGAAGUUGAGCUGCGGCAAUGGUGCCGUUUCCAUAGUGUCCUUCAAAGAGCGCUAUUUGCUAGUCGGAUGCUACGAUGGCUUCAUUUAUGUCCUGGACAAGGUGGCUAGAAAAAAAGUGGGUCGGUUCGAAGGCGCUGGCCGUUUGGUUUUAGCCUUGGCAGUUGCAGGCGAUAAAAUCGUCACAUCUUCGAAGAAUAACACGCUGGAGAUUCUGAAAGUUCCCGCUGCCUUGGUAAACGGCCAUUGAGAAGACACUUAUUAUUACUUGCAUAAGUCAGUUAUAAUUUAAUAGUUUUUUACACACACACUUGUUUGUUCAAUACAAUCCAAUGACUUUAGUCUCUGAUCGCGGAUUAAGAAUUGCGUUCUCUGUAUGUACAAUUUAAUAUUACAAUUUUUUCGUUACCACCCAAUUGCAUUUGCAAUUGCUUUUCUUGAAGAAUAUUUCUUCGUCGUGGACAAAAUAAUAAAAUAAAGAGAACCACCAGUAAAUAUAUGAUAAUA